UGUUUGAGCAGACGCUCACCUGUAUAAACAAAAGCUGAUCAAGUUAAGUCAAAUUUCGUCAUUGACUGGCCACAUGAUUGACAAGAGGCCCCAGAACAUCUAGUUAAAGUGUGAAGAGUGUAGAAUAAAGACCUGACAACUGGGCGAAGAGAAGUACUUUGUCUGAUGUCUAGGGACAGUGACAGACAAAAUGAACCCAGUGCUGCUUCUGUUAAUUUUUGUUGGCUCGUUGCAUAUCGAGUUUUGUACCUCCCUAACAUGCGAAGAUUACAAAAGACCUCUUAAGGAAAACAGCGCAGUUAAUAGCGUUAGCAGAAAAUUUCUCAACUGUUGGGGAAGUGAAGUUGAGCAUGGGGAGUCAGAUUUAAUCAUCCUGAUAGACAAGUCAGGCAGUAUGAUGCAAAGUGGCUGGAAUGCUGCGAAAGAUUUUGUCGACGCCUUACUUACUGAAGUAAGGGUGGCUUUCAAUGCAACCAGAAUCACUAUUGGAACCUUCGCAUCUACACAUAGACUGGAGUUGAAUUAUCUCACGAAAGAUACAGGGCCUGCCAGUCACAAGUGUCGCUUUGCGCGUGAUUUUGAGAAAGUUACUUACCAAAGUGGCAACAUGGGUGUUAUGACUAACAUGCAAGGCUCCCUUCAAGAUGCGUACAAUGUUUUUUUGCAGUUAAUUAGCAACCCUCAAAAGUAUUAUUAUAGGCAGAAAGCCAACAAAGUGAUCAUGGUUUUGAGCGAUGGAAGGCCAAAUAUGAGAGCUGAUGGCACUGUAGUUUGGAACAUUGACUUGACACCAGAUGUGCGCAAGAUUAAGCAGUUGGGUUUCGUUGAGAUGUAUGCUGUUGGCAUUACAGAUGGGCUCGAUCAGAAUUUCAUGCAGAAUACUUUGGCCACUGAUCCUUCUCUUUACAUCUACCAACCAACUUUCACUGACCUCACAAACUUGGCAAAGUCAAUAAGAGGAGAUCCUUACGAGAAAGAUUACGAAACAGCUUCAGUCGACCCGUUAGAAUGCAGAGAAGGAUGUGACAGUAAUGCAUUCUGUGGUUGCAAUCUGAAGAGCGGCAAAUACAAAUGUGCUUGCAAAGUUGGGUAUUAUGGCACCGCUGAAAAGCAGAGCUCUGGCUCAACGUGUCAUCGUUGCCCUGUUGACACAUAUGGAGACAGAGCUGGCAUGGUAACUGCUUGCAAAGCCUGUCCUUCUAACUCCGGCACAAACGGAACUACUGGCAACACUCAGGUAGCACAAUGCACUUGCAAACUAGGAUACACUGGAAAUCCGAGCAUCGGACUUUCGUGCGAUAAGGUAAAGUGUAAUCCUGUGAACGGUAUCAAUAAUGGAUUCAUUGACAACCCCACUGAAUGCGGAAAGAAUGAAUACGGUGCAAAAUGUAUCUUCAGAUGCAAUGGAGGAUUCAAAUUGCAUGGCAAUGAUGUUUUAACAUGUAACCAUAAAGGAAUUUUCUCGGGAUCUACUCCAACGUGCUUACCCUUGAGGUGCCCAGCAGCCAUCAUGCAGAAUACGAAUAGCUACGAAGUACUUUGCCGUGGAAAUAUUGAUGUUGCAUCUGAUUCCUACGGUGUAGGGAUAAAAUGCAACUACACUUGUAGAAACAAAUACUUUCAUCUCAACGGAACAAAAGUAAGGGAGUGCCUUUCAUCAGAGACAUGGUCUGGAGAAGAAUUCUCCUGCAAAGAAAUUGCUUGCCCUAAAAUUCCAAAAGGACAUGAAAAGUUGUUGACUGGGAGCGCUGCUGUUAAUUGCUUUGAGAGAGAAACAAAAGUCGAAGAAAUCUGUAGUUUUGAAUGUCCGUUAGGCUACCAGUUAAGCGGAUCAAGAUCGGUAACUUGUUCAAACAACAACGGACCGGUAGGGAAAUGGACAACUGGUGCCGGAAAUUUUGUAGCCCCCAAUUGCACAGACAUACAAAGACCAAAAUUUGCUAAUGAAAAUGAGUGUGCUAAUGGAAUCAGUCUUUCAAACACAACCCUGCUGGACCGGUCAUACGGUGUUAUCAAUUUUGACGCAAUCGGUGUUACCGACAACAGCGGAGGCCCAAUCACCAUAGAAAGUACACCUCCUGGCUACCAGCUUGGUCGUUCAUAUAACAUUGGAAUCACAGAUAUCAAGAAGAGUUUGGCUAUCAAAUUCACUGCUACAGAUGCUAGCAAUAACAAGGCCGAGUGCAAAUUUUUCGUUGAAAUUCUAGAUAAGCAGAAACCGAAGCUGUUAAAAUGUCCAGACGAAAACAUUAUAAAGAAAACUUCAAAGACACAGGAAAGAGUUAUAUGGACAGAGCCGACCUACUCCGACAACUGUGGCAACAGUUCUGAGUGCCAAAUAGAUAUUUACACGCCUACACCUCCCAAUAGUAUUUUUCAACAAGGAUCAACAACACCAGUUUCUUACAAGGCAACUGACCCGUCUGGGAAUUCCAAUGAAAAAUGCAUAUUCAACGUGAUUAUCAAAGCACCGACAUGUGAUCCUCUUCCUCCUCCGCGAAAUGGUAUGUCGGUAGAUUAUGGGUCAAUGUCUAUCAUUGCCUGUCCAACUGGCCUUUUCCCGAAUGAAGUCCCUCCUAUCUUCUACCAAUGCAUGAACGAAAAAUGGGUAGGAGUCUAUGCGCCGCCAAGAACUGUUAACCAGUUAAUUCCUGACUGUAUCUCUAAAACAGCGCCUUCUGGACUUAAUGUGUACUUGUUCAUGAGUUAUCAGUACAAUGGAGACUGUAGCAGCGCAGCAGCGCAAGAAAAAAUUAAAACAUCCUUAAAGGCCUUGUGCAGAGAUCAGUGUACAAAAGAAGGAAUGAAGGCUCAUUGUGGACCUACCAGUGUUGUAAAACGAAGAGCGAGAAGAUCGUUACAGGAUCUGUCUAUUCGCAUCGAAUUGAAAGUUACCACAUCAAAGGAAGAUGCUAAAAAGGACCCCGAUGGUAAUGAGAUGAAAACAAGAAUGCAAAAUGACGUAUUGCCUAAUGUCAUAAAAGAGAUGAAGUCGACGCCUCCUCAAACCAUUGACCAAAGCAUCCAAGGAUUUUCAAGAGAUCCAUAUUCCGACAACAACCUUAAACUGUCUUGUGCUGGAGAUGGUGAAGUGUACAAUGAAGAAGAAACUAGUGACAAACGAUGCGCUGGAUGUAUUGCUGGGCAGUUUAAAAAUUUGGCAACUGGUACUUGCCAGCCAUGUCCAAAGGGAACCUACCAACCAAACGAAGGAGCUACGUCAUGCAUUUCCUGUCCUGAAGGAAGUACGACUGUAGGAAAUGACGUCAGAAAUGAAACAUCCUGUAGAAAGUUAUGCAAGCCAGGAGAAUUUUCGGAUACUGGUUUUGCUCCUUGUAAAACAGCACCUCCAGGCACCUACGUUGAAGGGUCAGGGAAAAAGAGUUACGUUUCCUGUCCUGCAGGUACAACGACAGUGACACCCGGGGCAAAGUCUCGCUAUGAUUGUGGAACAAGUUGCCAGCCUGGUACCUACUCAGUAACAGGAGUUGAAUCAUGCUCGCCGUGUGAGCAGGGUACUUAUCAACAUGAAGACGGCAAAGUGAACUGCAUUGAUUGCCCAGGACUGCAAUGGACGUACGGCGAAGGGGCUGAUGACCUAUCAAAAUGUGUUGAUGUCGAUUCAUGCUCGUCGAGUCCAUGUCUAAAUAGUGGCCACUGCAUUGAUCUAAAAGUUGGCUUUAGAUGUGAAUGCAAGGCAGGGUUUUGGGGAAGCAGAUGUGAGAAAGAGGUCGACGAAUGUGCUUUGAGGCCAUGCUUAAACGGUGGAAAGUGUCUGGAUAAGUUCCAAGGGUACAAGUGCGUGUGUUCUGCUGGAUCAACAGGCAAAAAUUGUGAAACCCUAAUCGGGACAUGUAGGGCAGGAUUUUGUGGUCAGAAUGGUCAAUGCAGGGAUUUGGCGGAUAAUUCUUUCAAAUGCGUUUGUAACGAUGGCUAUACGGGCCAAUUUUGCGAAACAUUCAUUGAUGCUUGUCAAGAUCAGCCAUGCAAAAAUGACGGUGUUUGUGAAAGCACUAGGACCGACUUUACUUGCAAGUGCAAGACAGGAUUUACUGGGAAACAAUGUGAGACAAACAUGAAUUUCUGCUCAAGUGAACCUUGUAUGAAUGGUGGGGAAUGCUCAGAUUCAAAAUAUGGUUUUGUAUGCAACUGUAAGGAGCCGUAUUUUGGACUUCGUUGUGAACAGAAAACAAACAUGUGCCAACACACCACAUGCAAACAUAGUGUAACAUGCAAGGAUUUGAGCACAGACGUUAAAUGCUCUUGCUUACCAGGCUAUGGAGGGAAACUCUGCGACAAAAAACUAGGAAGCGAUUUUGAUAUCGGAUUCCAAAACCGAGAGGCCCCAACAUUCUCAGCUAUCGAAGGAAAAUACGAUUUGUCGCAAUUAACAGUUGCAUUUUGGAUGCGAACAUCAGAUCUUAACAGCAAAGGAACUCCGCUUUCAUAUGCAAACACACAUAAUGGAAAGAUAGACGACAAUGCUUUUGUAUUGACUGACUACUCAAGUUUUGACUUGACUAUCAACAACGUCACCGCGAAUUUGGGCUUCUCUGCUAAUGAUGGAGAAUGGCACCACAUUGCAGUUACCUGGUCAAGUGCAACUGGCACUUGGAUUGCAUACAAAGAUGGCGCAGAACUCAAGCGAUCAACUGCUGCAUUCCAACAAGGACAAGUGAUUGGAAAAGGUGGUCUAUUUGUCGUUGGAGAGGAACAAGAUGAGAUUGGUGGCUCAUUUACGCCAACAGAAUCGUUUUUUGGUGACAUGAGCCAGCUAAAUGUUUGGAAAAGAGUUCUGUCUGCAAAUGAAAUUUAUGAUUUAACAAUGUCUUGUAAACACACCGCUGGUGAUGUUUUGGCAUGGGCUGAUUUCAGUGAGCAGAGUCAUGGAAAUAUCAUCAAAACUGAGCCCUCGCUUGCAUGCGACUUCCGCAACGACCUAAGAGAAUAUCAAGUGCUAAAAGAGUGGCAACUUCCUUCACAUCUACGCUCUGUGAUAUCGACUGAAUCACACAGCCACCCAAAGCUUUGCGCCCAAAGAUGCACCUCUUCUCAGAUGGGGUACAAAUGCAGAUCAUUCAUUUUCGACAAAAGUGCCAAAAGGUGCACAUUCUACACUAAGUCAUUGCUCAUCCACGAGGGAACUGCUGAAAAGGCUGCACAGUAUGACUUGUAUCAAUACAGCUGUGUCAAGCCACUUGGUUUAAGCACAAAAGAAAUACCGGACAGUCGUAUUACCGCAAGCUCGUCUUUGUCCGGAUCUUCCCCAUCUAUGGCGCGUUUAUUCAAUACACCAAGGACCGCUUCACAAACAUUCGCGCAUUGGUCACCAAAUGAUAACAAUCCUUACAUCCAGAUUGACCUUGGCUCUUACCAUAAAGUCACCGGCAUUGCCACACAGGGACAUUACAUCUCCACCGUCAGAGAAUUCGCAACUUUCUAUACGAUCCAAUACAAGCUUACACCGAGCGCCGGCUGGACUACUUACAAUCCACCAACUGGAAGUAAAAUGAAUGCAAACACAAAUUCUUACGGCAUCGUAAGAAACGAGGUCUUGUUUUACGCAUGGUUGAUCAGAAUCAUACCAGGAAAAGAUUCAUCCAGCUCGCGAAUCGCAAUGCGAAUGGAAAUCUAUGGAUGCCCUCACCGCCCACAAGGACAACCGGUAGCAAAGUCUGAUGGAAACAAUUGUGGCUCAUCAACUUGCAACAAUGGUGGACAGUGCAUCGAUUUAUAUCAGAGAUACGCUUGUGUCUGCCCUGAGGGAUUCAGUGGCUCAAGAUGCGAGCAAGCGGUCGGAUGCCCUUCGCCUGACAUUCCAGUGUACGGGCGACUGAUAUCAAAAACGGCCUCAGCUGCUCAAGUUGAAUGUUUGCCUGGCUACACAACUUCGGACAAUGCAAGAAAAUCCUGCGUCAAAGGAAGCUGGAUUGGCUCUCAAGUGACCUGCAAACCAAAAAACAACUGCGCUUCUUCACCAUGCUUCGCAAAUAAUUGCCAGGAACUCGUUGGAGGAUACCGUUGCUACUGUCCGGCUGGCUAUGUACUUGCUUCGGACGGACAUACAUGUCAAGACAUAAAUGAAUGCAGCAAAAACAAUGGAGGAUGUAGCCAUACCUGCAUAAAUACAAUUGGCAGUUUCAGGUGCACAUGUCCAGCGAGAUAUCGACUUAGUGGAAAAUUACUCUGUAUUGAUGAUGAUGAAUGUGAACGAGGCAAUCAUGGUUGCUCUCAAGACUGUAAAAAUACUCUUGGAAGUUAUCAAUGCCAAUGCAAAUCUGGAUAUAGUUUAUUGGGAGACGGAAAAUCGUGCAAUCAGAUAGCCUGUCCAUACAUAAACGAUGUUGCAAACGGUCAUGUAUCUAGGUCAAAACUGAAAGUGACGUACAGCUGCUCUGCUGGAUAUCAGCUCAACGGUCCUAGCACUCGGUUAUGUCACCCUGAUGGAAAGUGGUCUGGAACACAGCCUACCUGCACACGUGUCAACUGUGGAACUCUCAGAGGAGAGACUGCCACCGUAUCUGUCAGCAGCACUUUCUACAAUGGAGUCGCUAGGUUCUCGUGUCCAGCAUCGUAUAAGUUAAUUGGCACAUCGACAAGAACAUGUCUACAGUCUGGGGAAUGGUCGGGUACCCAACCACGCUGCUCGAAGUUUAAAUGCCCAGUACUAUCCAACCCACUACACGGAGAAAUCCUUGGAUUAGCAUUGAUAGAGGGCAGUGUUGCAAGAGUUAAAUGUAACAAGGGGUAUCGGUUGGUGCAAAAUAAUUUGGAGUUGCGUACGUGUCAAAGCAAUGGUCAGUGGACUGGGGGAAAUACUGCAACUAUGACUUGUGAAUUGAUUGAUUGUGGCAUGCCUCCAAGUAAACCCUACAUGCAGGUGACAUUACGUCAUGGAACUAAAUAUUCAGCCAUAGCGACAUACACUUGCAGUCAAUCAGGCGGCCAAAAAUGUUUGGAGGGGCCAGCCACAAGACAUUGUAAUGCUGAUGGAAAAUGGUCAGGAACAGAACCUUCGUGCAUCGCAAAUUCUUGUUGCAAGCCAAAAGUGCCAGAACACUCGACUUUCUACUCUGAUAAUAGAUUCAACUAUGGGGACAAAGUAUACACAAGCUGCGAUGUCGGCUACGUAAUUGGUGGCACGGCAUUCAGAGUGUGUCAGAACAAUGGGCAGUGGUCAGGCACGCAGACAACAUGCACAAUUACUGACUGCGGCGAUCCCGGCUUUGUAUCAAACGGAGUGCGCACGAUGAGUGACACAGUGUACCAAAGCACAGCAAAUUACUUUUGUAACCCAGGUUACUUGCUGAUAGGGUCAACUAAAAGACAAUGUCAAGCCAAUGGAACGUGGUCUGGCCAGUCUGCGUCUUGUGUCAAGAGCAGCUGUGGAGGACUUGUGGCUGGUUCUAGUGGGAGAAUAACGGUAGGAGGUGGAAAGAACGUUUGUCACUGGAUGAUUCAAGUUAAUCAAGGAAAGAAGGUUAAUAUCAACUUCGCUACCUUUGGAAUUGGAGCAAAAGACAAAGUGAAGAUAUUCGACGGUCAGAAAUAUGAGGAGUACAUCACAUUCACAAAAGUGAAUAAACCGCGCUCAUUUACUGGAAAUAGCCAUUUUAUGAGGGUUAUUUACUACAGUGAAGACAAUACAGGCACUGGCUUCACAUUGGAUUACAAGGAAGCAACCUGUGGUGGCCAUUUGGAUACAGAAUAUGGAGUGAUUACAAGCCCUGGUUUCCCAGUGUCUUACAAGCCCAACGACGAAUGCUUUUGGACUGUUCAUCGACCUCACAACAACUUACAGAUAGCUUUUACUGAUUUCUACCUACAGAAAAGUUAUGAAGAUUUUGUAGAGAUCUAUGAAGGACCAUUUGCAAAUGCCAGAAUGCUUUUGUAUCCAGCCUACGGGUACGGCAGACCUUUAGCACAAUGGGCUGAUCGUUGGAUGUGGAUCCACUUCAAAGUCAACGAAGUCUUCCAAGAUGUAGGCUUCAAGGGCGUUUAUGGUAUUUACCGCCCACCAGAUUAUGAUUAACUGUGCGCUUACUCCUUUUUCAGACUCUUACUAAAUUUGAUUUCAUAUCAAUAGAAUUAAGAAUGAUAUUUUGUGUGAUAUUGUAAUCUCAUUAUAAUCCCAUUAGAAAUACCGAAAACACCAAACAAA